AUGUCUAGAAAGAAUAUUGCAGUAGUUCGGAGGUCGGUGAAUCGAACAAAUACAACAAAACCGAUUAGUAGUAAUGGAACUGCAGAAAAGGAAAAAGAAGAAAAGUUAGUUUUUGAGGGGAAUUGAGAUUUUUGGAAAAGUCUAACCGAAGAAUACACGAGAGAAGUUUUUUUAAACAAAAUUUGUUUUUUGUUUGAUUUUCAAGAAAAAUGUUUCACUUUCAAAUUUUUCACCUAAAAAUGUUCAAUUUUUGCAGAAAAUAUGUGGAAAUUCGAGAAAUAGAAAAAGGCGAAAAACUGUACACAAAAGCAGAAGAAGACUUUGAAUAUUGGAUGCCAUCAGCUGGAGCAACACUUAAAUUAAUAGUUUCAAUACGAAUAUGUUCAGCAUUAUGGGGAAUAAUCUCAGAUUGUGAUGAAGUUUAUAAUUAUUGGGAACCACUACAUUUAUUUCUCUAUGGACACGGAUUUCAAACUUGGGAAUAUUCACCAAUUUAUGCGAUUCGAUCUUAUUUCUAUGUUUAUUUGCAUUAUAUUCCAGCAUCGGUUUUCACUGCUUUUUUGGGUGUUUCGAAAAUUGCGGUUUUUGUUGUUACACGGUGUACGAUUGGAUUGUUUUGUUUGGUAGGAGAAUAUUUGAUGUAUUUGGCGGUUUGUAAAAGAUUGAAUAUUGCUACUGGUCGACAUUUUAUGCUUUUCUCCAUUUUUUCGUCUGGCGUUUUUACUGCAAGGUCAGUUUUUUCAUGUUGAAAAAUAAAAACUUGUCUAAAUUUAAGCCUGGAAAUUCAAAAAAUCUGAAAAUAUUGAAAUGUUUUGGAUGUUUGAUAUUUUUAUUAUUUUGGUUUACAAAAACAUAGUAUACAUUUUGAAAUCAAAACAAAAAUAACUAUUUUGUCUGUAAUAUCGUUAAAUUUUCUUCAUUUUCAGCACUGCUUUCCUUCCAUCAUCAUUUGCAAUGUCUCUCAAUUUCUAUCUCUUAGCUGCAUAUUUGAAUGAACAAUGGUGGUUGGCAAUUCUUUGUACAGCAUUAUCAGCAUUAGUUGGUUGGCCAUUUGCAGCUGUUUUGGGUCUUCCAGUUGUUAUUGAUAUGUUGCUAAUUCGCCAAAAACGAUACGCAUUUUUUGCAUGGUCUGCUGUUUUUGGAAUCGGAAUAUCGGCUUUGCUAUUUUUAGUGGAUUCGCAUUAUUUUGGAAAACGAGUUUUUGUAAGUUCUCUAGGAAAUCUUCUAUUUUCCUUUGAAAAUCUGGAUUUCCAGGCACCGCUCAACAUUGUUCUUUACAACGUAUUAUCUGGUCCUGGACCUGAAUUAUAUGGCGUUGAGCCUGUUUCGUAUUAUAUCAAAAAUUUGGUGCUCAACUGGAACUUUGCUCUGCCAUUGGCUUUGAUUUCAUUGCCUGUCACUCUUUAUUGUUAUAGAAUACAUGUGAAGGUUCUGGAAGUGCAUAAACCUGUUUUCGGAAUUCGUGAGUUUUUUUGGGGAAUUUCGCGUUAAAAAUAAUUUUAAAAAAAAUUGAUCAAUUUUAUUUUUUUGGAAAAAAAUUGUUUUAAUUUCCAGAAAAUUUUUCAAAUUUUGUUUUUAAAAUUUAAAUUGAGCCAAUUUUCCCUCAAAAAAAAAAAAUACCAAUUCUACUCCAAUUUCAGCCAGAAAUCUCCAAUAUUGGGAUAGAUACAUUCCUGUUUUCCUAAUCUGGUUUGCUGCUGCUUCCUGGUGUGCAAUUUUCUUCACUCAACCCCAUAAAGAAGAACGAUUCCUUUUCCCAAUUUAUCCACAUAUUGCACUUCUUGCUGCUUUGGCAAUCGAAGCUCUUCAACGAAUUUUCACAAAAAUUCAGAAAAAUGAGAAUAUUUCAACGCUUCUCUGGUUUAUCUCCAUAUUUUUCAUCAUAAUUUGUGUUUCUCGAAGUUAUUCGAAUAUUCGAAAUUAUGGCGGACAUCUUGAGAUUUAUAAACAUUUGACGGACAAAGUUCAUAAUGAGAAAAUUUUGACGAAAAAUGAAAAUAUUCGACUUUGUAUUGGAAAAGAAUGGCAUCAUUUUCCAUCUUCUUUCUUCAUUCCAGAAGCUGAUAGUUUUAUUGGACUUGACAAACGUAAGUAUUGAUUUUAAUGAAAAAUAUAAUAAACAUAUUAUUAUUUAGGAGUUGAGCUAAGUUUCAUUGAAAGUGAAUUCCGUGGACUUCUUCCGAAACCUUUUAUCAAAGCACGAAGUCUCGUUGAAACAACUCGAUUUAUUCCAACUGAAAUGAACGAUCAAAAUAAAGAAGAAGUUUCGAGAUAUGUUAAUUUGGAAAGUUGUGAUUUGGUUGUGGAUGUUGAUGCGCCUGGAACUGACAGGCAAAUUGAUUUUAGAACUAUUGUAAGUAUUUUGAGAUUUAUGAAGUUUUCUCAAUUGAAAAUGAGAAGCUUGAAAUGUUUGAAUCAAUCAAUUGCUGUAUUUUAUUUCCCCCAAAUAAUUCAUAUACUUUUUUUGCAGCCCGACAAAUUCCGUGCCGUAAUCCAUGUUCCAUUCUUGAUUCCACACGAAUCUCAUCCAUUUUUCCGCGCUUUUUUCAUUCCAUAUUUAUCAGAUAUUUAUACGAAAUGGACUAAUUAUACAGUUUAUAUGCGAGUGCUUUAA